CUUCUCUCUCCCUUUUGAUGUUACAGUAUUCCAAACCCAAACACAAGCGUUUCUUUGAGGUUGACCCACUUUUCCUUUUUCAUCAUUUGCUAAACAUCUCUCAAUACUUCACAGAUCUCUGAUUCUGAUUCUGAUUCUUCUAUUUUACCUUCAGAUCUUGUAUUUUAGGCAUGUGAUCUUUCUCUAUUCUAAAUUUUGUAGCAACUCUUGGGUUUUUAUCUGGAUCCCUUUUGCCAAAGUUAUUCUCUGCAGGAGUGCUAGAAUUUGCUUAUAACACUUUUAACAGCUGUGUCCUUUGACAAGUUUGCUUCUGCUAACUGGAAAAGACCUUAUAUUUUAAGGAAGGGCAGAGAGACAAGUAUCAUUUAUUCUGGUGUUUGACCAUCUGUCUAUAAGUUUUUCUAUUAAAUGUCGUUCCGCAGUAUAGUUCGAGAUGUAAGAGAUAGUUUUGGCAGUUUAUCCAGGAGAAGCUUUGAUGUAAGGCUCUCUGGUCAUCAAAGGGGUAAAUCACUUGGUUCAUUUCAUGACUUAAGUGACCAGCCUCCUGUCAACCAGAACAGUUGUUGGGCUAAUCUCCCACCCGAACUACUUUUUGAUGUAAUUAGAAGAUUAGAAGAGAGCGAGAACUCAUGGCCUGCCCGUAAGCAUGUCGUAGCAUGUGCUUCAGUUUGCAGGUCAUGGAGGAUUAUGUGCCAGGAAAUUGUGACAAGUCCUGAAGUUUGUGGAAAGCUUACUUUUCCAGUAUCGUUAAAGCAGCCUGGGCCUCGUGAUGGAAUGAUUCAAUGCUUCAUCAAGAGGGAUAAAUCUAAUUUGACUUACCAUCUUUUCUUGUGUCUCAGUCCUGCUUUACUAGUUGAAAAUGGAAAAUUCCUUCUCUCUGCAAAGAGAACAAGGCGGACUACUUGUACGGAGUAUGUUAUCUCAAUGGAUGCAGAAAACAUCUCAAGAUCAAGCAACACUUACAUUGGAAAAUUAAGGUCAAAUUUUCUGGGUACAAAAUUUGUUAUAUAUGACACCCAGCCUCCAUACACCUCUGCAAACAUUCCGCCUCCAGGCCGCUCAAGCCGCAGAUUCUAUUCCAAGAAAGUCUCUCCGAAAGUUCCAACUGGAAGCUACAGCAUAGCCCAGAUCAAAUACGAGCUAAAUGUUCUUGGAACACGGGGUCCGAGGAAAAUGCACUGCGUCAUGCACUCAAUUCCUGCCUCAGCAGUUGAUGUGGGUGGCUCAGUGCCUGGCCAACCGGAACUUCUCCCAAGGUCCCUUGAGGAUUCAUUCCGAAGUAUCUCUUUCUCAAAGUUGCUCGAUCAUUCUGCUGAGUUCAGUAGCUCACGGUUUUCUGAUAUUGUCAGAGCAUCAUCCAGUGCAGAAGAUGAUAGUAAGGUGAAACCCUUGGUUCUAAAGAACAAGUCACCGCGUUGGCAUGAACAACUGCAGUGUUGGUGCCUGAAUUUUAGAGGACGGGUGACAGUUGCAUCUGUAAAGAAUUUUCAGUUGAUAGCGGCCCACCAACCAGCUGCUGGGGGACCGACAACGUCUCGGUCAAGUCAAUCAGAUCAUGACAAAGUCAUCCUGCAAUUUGGCAAGAUAGGGAAAGAUAUGUUUACUAUGGAUUACAGGUAUCCGCUAUCUGCGGUUCAGGCUUUUGCUAUAUGCUUGAGUAGCUUUGACACCAAAUUGGCAUGUGAAUAGAAGAUUAGGAUGGGAUACUAAAACAAAUUAACAACUGCAAUUGACUUUGUUCUGGAUAUAUUAUGCCUACUUUGUUUUCCUUUUCGCACUAAUAGAAUUAGGGUGGUCCCUAAUCUUUCAUUAUCUUGUAAAAACACCUCAUUAUAAUGGUGGCGGUGCAUCUUGACAUUUAUUUAAAGCCACUGGACUUUCUAUUUGGGUUCUAGAAUCUACUU